AUGGGUGACUUGCUAUUGACGGAUAAGGAGGCGGCCGAACUGGUGAUCGGAGGGAUCGGAUCUGCCUCGAUACCUAGGCCAAGGUGGGCGGCGGUUGUCAAGGUGUGUUCCCCAAGGAAACUCGUGCUAGGAGCCAUGGAUCGUGCCAUGUCGAAGUCUUGGGGAUUGCAUCACCCAGCUCACUUAAAGGAGAUCGGAGAUAACAGAUUUUUGGUGCGGUUCUCCUCGGAGGGUGAUUGGAAGCAUGUGAUGAGGAACGGUCCGUGGCAGUUUGACUUCAAUGCAAUCCUUCUGAAGAACUAUGACGGGGCGACUCGUCCGUCAGACAUGGUGUUUAACACGCUGGAGAUGUGGGUUCGUGUUCUGGAUUUACCCAUGGAUACGAUGAAUGUGGUUUAUGGGAGACAGAUUGGAGGGUGGGUGGGCAAGUAUAUUGCUGCUGAUGUUGAUGAUGAUGGCAUAGCUUGGGGAGAGGAACUGAGAAUCAGAGCAGAGGUCAGAGUUGAUCAACCUCUUCUGAGAGGAGUAUGGCUGAGGGAUUCGGAGGAUGAUGAGAAGGGCAAAUGCUUUGAUCUAAAAUACGAGAAUGUUCCUCAUUUCUGCUUCGACUGUGGAUGUUUGAUUCAUCCGGAGGAUAUAUGUCGGAUGGCAGGAGAAAAAUCAGAGGGAGAGGUCAGGGUACAACAAUGGGGAGAAUGGCUGCGUGCAUCACCUCGCAAAACAAAGAGGCCUGCUCCACCGGCCCGGCCCUUGAUGUCUACCAGUAGCUUCACGAGCAGAUCGUCGGGUUCUGAGCAUAGGCAUUUUGAUGGUGGCUUUGUUCGUGAUGCUCCAACCCGAAGAAACUUGGCACAUGACUAUUCUUUCGCCGGUUCAUCUCGCACUGGUGGUGAUGAGAGGUGGAGGGAAGGAGAAGAUAUGUCCAACCAGCGUCAUAGGGCGCGGGAAACAGCUCGGGAUACUGGGAAGAAGCAGAUGGACAAGGAUAAAUCCGUGACGAAGACAGGCACCUAUGUACGCAGACAACGUAAGCUGGAGGCCUCAAGACCUAAUGAAGCCUUGCAUGUGCCACUGGGCACGACAAGUAAAAAGAGAGGUCCUAAGAAGGUUUGGAUGCCUUUGCAAGUGCAAGUGGUGGGCGAGGAGACUACGGAAACACCAGGGAAGAGGCAGCGUACUCUUUCUGUUUUUUGA